AUGGGCGGGGUCGAUAAAGCAGACCAGUAUACAGGUACAUACUGUUUCAUGCGAAAGUCUCAAAAAUGAUGGCAAAAAUUAUUUUUUUGGGGCUUGGAAAUCUCAACCAUAAAUUCUUAUCUAUUAUAUAAAGAAAAUCAGAAAAAACACAAUACAAAAAAGUUAACGCAUUUGCAAUUUGUACAUCGCUUGGUGGAUGAAUUAGUGGUAUGUUUGUGACACUGAUCCCAAGAACCUUCAACUUCUGGAACAGGAGAAAGACUGAACGGCCUUUUACAUAUUAUUCGACGGGAUGAAGUAAUGAACAGGAAGGAGUAAAGACUGUGUGGUAUGUUCCAAUUGGAAAAUCAAAGGUGGAAGAAAAGAAUCGAGAUAUUAUUGUGCUACUUGUUCGGCUAAACCGACCUUGCACAUAG